AUGCAAAGAACCUUGAUUUCAUCCUUAGCAAGAUCCGCUAGAUUGGCUAGAUCUACCGCUCCUGUUGGUGCUAGAGUCGCCCUCAGACCGAUGGCGGCAACUUUCCCAAGCUCCAGAUUUGUUCGUUUCGCAUCGACCGAAGCCAAACCAGAAGAACAGAAGAAGGAAGCUACACUGGAACAAGCUAGUGAAACUACUGAAGAAACCAAGGCUGAAACUGAAGCUGAAGCCGAGACCCCAGAACAACUGGCUAUUGCUGAAUUAGAAGCUAAAUUGGCCCAAAAGGACAAGGACUUGGCUGACAUGAAGAACCAUUACGCAAGAGCAAUUGCUGACUUCAGAAACUUGCAAGAAUCCACCAAGAAGGAAGUCCAAAAGGCCAAAGAUUUUGCACUCCAAAAAUUUGCCAAGGACUUGUUAGAAUCUGUCGAUAACUUCACAUUAGCAUUAAGUGCUGUUAAGGAAGAAACUUUGAGCUCCAACGCCGAAGUUAAGAACUUGUAUGAUGGUGUCGACAUGACUAGACAAGUGUUUGAGAAAACUUUAAAUAGACACGGUAUUGAAAAGAUAGACCCAAUGGGAGAACCAUUCAACCCAAACCACCACGAAGCUACUUUCGAAAUUCCUCAACCAGAUAAGGAACCAGGUACUGUAUUCCACGUUCAACAGCCUGGAUUCACAUUAAACUCUAGAGUCUUAAGACCAGCCAAGGUUGGUUUAGUUAAGGAUGUUGAAAACUAA